AAGGGAGACCCGAGAGUGGGUGAGGACGGGAGAGAAUGAGGGAGAAGAGUGCCCACGGUGGGAGAGGAUGGGGAGAAUGAAGGAAGAGAGGGAAGGAGGCAGGAGUAGAGAAGGGGGGAAAACGCGGGAGAGAAGGAGAGACUGAGGAAGAGGGCAGUGAGAUAGAAGGGAGAGGAAGACAGAGGAGGGAAGAGAGUAAGGGAGAGGGGAAAGGAAGAGAGAAGUGAUGGAAGUAGAGAUGGGUGAGGAUGACAAGAAAAGAGGGGUGAGGAAGGAAGGCGUGAAAAGGGAAAGGGAAGAAGAAAGGAAGGAAGAAGAGGGGAAAGAGAAGGAAAGGGGGGAGGAGGAAGGGAAGAAAAAAAAGGAAGGAGGAGGGCCCAUUGUCUGGCUGGAGAUGAGGGAGAGGGAGCCAGAGCUGGGUGGGUUGGCACUGGGGAGAGAGUGCUGAGCUGGGGAAGAGGGAUGCUGGCCAAAGUGGCCUGCUAGCCCCAGGCUGGCCAGCGCUGGGCUUGUGCCAGGCUGGAGUUGGACAGCAGGUGGAGAGGCUGCUGGCAGGGGCUGGAAGGGCCUGGCCGGGAGGGAGGAUAGAAAGGGGCCGAGAUGGGAGUGCAGGGGAGGGGGUGGGGGGUGACUGUCCCAGGCUCGGUCCCCAGGCAGCACCUAGGCCCGGCUCUGAGGGUGGCACAGCAGGGGAUACCCCCCCUUCCCUCUUCUCUCUUCCAGCCCGGUGCAGCCGGCUGCCUUUCAGAACCCGCUGGCAGCAGCCUUGGCGGUUUCGAGCUGGAGCCUGUCCGAGGGCCUGGGCAGAGGGCCAGAGAUUAGAUCUAGUAGCCAGAGAGGUGGCUGGUGGAUAAGGCGGAGGGCUGCUCCCUCUGGCUGAAGAUGUUUCCCCAGAACAGGCCGCCUUUGACCCACCUCCAAGCCCCCCCAGUGGCCUCGGCGGCGGCCGUGCUCGUGACCACCAAUGCUUCGGCCACUACUCCUCAGACCCUGAAACUCACCUACCCAGAGACCUUGGAUCGGAUCAAGGAAGAGUUCCAGUUCCUCCAGAGUCAGUACCACAGCUUGAAGGUGGAGUGCGAGAAGCUGGCGUCCGAGAAGACUGAGAUUCACAGGCACUAUGUCAUGUACUACGAGAUGUCCUACGGCCUCAACAUCGAAAUGCACAAACAGACAGAGAUCGCCAAACGGCUGAACGUGAUCUGUGCUCAGCUCAUCCCCUUCCUCUCCCAGGAGCACCAGCAGCAGGUGGUCCAGGCAGUGGAGAGAGCCAAGCAGGUGACCAUGGCGGAGCUGAACGCUGCCAUCGGGCACCAGCUGCAGGCCCAGCACCUGCCCCACUCGGCGCCCCCCAUCCCGCUGACCCCCCACCCCUCGGGCCUGGCCAGCCUGGGCAGUGCUUCAGGGCUCCUGGCACUAACAGGGGCCCUGGCGGCCCCGGCCCAGGCCGGCCCCAAGGAUGAUCGAGGCUUGCAGGACCUGGAGCACCGAGACAGAGACCCAGGCCCAAGCUCCCUGGCCCUCCCCAGCGCCGAGCGGGUGCGGACCAUCUCCGAGUACCUGAGCAGCAGCAAGAAGAGGCGGGCCGAAGAAAAGGACUUUCUCACGGACUACGGCAGUGACGCCGACAAGAGCGAGGACAACCUGGUGGUCGACGAGGAUCCUCAGUCCCCCCAUAGUGUUCACUCCUACUCUUCGAGGGAAAAUGGGUUGGACAAGACUCCCUUGCCUCGGAAGGAGGCCGUCCCUGGCAGCCCGCCGUCUGUGUCCUCGUCCCGGAGCGCCUCCCCCGCUCGGAGCAAGGACCUGACUCCGGUGGAGAAGGCCGGGACCCCAGGCUUGAAGUCCAGCACGCCCACGUCCCAGGGAGACGGGCUGGGGCCCGGAGGUGGCGGCGGCAGCAGCGGAGGCAGCAUUGGGCCGCAGCCCUUCCGGCCUGGGCUGGGCAAGGCGGCCGUGGACUCUCUGGCCCUGGGCCUCAGGAGCCCCCUGGCUGUGGCUGGCUCCUACACGGGCCCCUUCGGGAUGGGAAUGGUGCACUCGGCCGUGAAUGGAGACCUGGCCACCCCCGGGGCCUACACGGGGCUCCAUCUGGCAUCUUCACAACUCAACGGGGCCAGCGGCAUGGGAGGGACAUCUGGCUACGGCCGCCCAGCCCUGGUCAGCUACGAUCCUCACUCCCACAUGCGGGUCUCCAGUCUCUCUGCUAACCUGCCCGGCGGCACCUCAGGGAAACCGGCGUACUCCUUCCACGUGUCUGCUGACGGGCAGAUGCAGCCGGUGCCCUUCCCUUCCGACGCCCUCCUGGGCACGGGCAUCCCCAGGCACGCCCGGCAGCUGCACACCCUCACCCACGGCGAGGUCGUCUGCGCCGUCACCAUCAGCAACUCCACCCAGCACGUCUACACGGGGGGCAAGGGCUGCGUGAAGGUCUGGGACGUGGCGCAGCCGGGCACCAAGACCCCCGUGGCCCAGCUGGACUGCCUGAACCGGGACAACUACAUUCGCUCCUGCAAACUGCUGCCGGACGGACGGAGCCUGAUCGUGGGCGGGGAGGCCAGCACCCUGUCCAUCUGGGACCUGGCCGCCCCCACCCCCCGCAUCAAGGCCGAGCUCACCUCCUCGGCGCCCGCCUGCUACGCCCUGGCCAUCAGCCCCGACGCCAAGGUCUGCUUCUCCUGCUGCAGCGACGGCAACAUCGUGGUGUGGGACCUGCAGAACCAGGCCAUGGUCAGGCAGUUCCAAGGCCACACGGACGGGGCCAGCUGCAUUGACAUCUCUAAUGAUGGGGCCCGGCUGUGGACGGGGGGCCUGGACAACACCGUGCGCUGUUGGGACCUCCGUGAGGGCCGGCAGCUGCAGCAGCACGACUUUAGCUCCCAGAUCUUCUCCUUGGGCCACUGCCCCACGGGUGACUGGCUGGCCGUGGGCAUGGAGAGCAGCACCGUGGAGAUCCUGCACGUCAGCAAGCCGGACAAGUACCAGCUGCACCUGCAUGAGAGCUGCGUCCUCUCCCUCAAGUUCGCCUCGUGUGGGAGGUGGUUUGUGAGCACCGGCAAGGACAACCUGCUCAAUGCCUGGAGGACCCCGUACGGAGCCAGCAUCUUCCAGUCAAAAGAGUCCUCCUCGGUCCUGAGUUGUGACAUCUCCACGGACGACCAGUUCAUCGUCACCGGCUCGGGGGAUAAGAAGGCCACGGUCUAUGAAGUCAUCUACUGAGGAGGGGCCCCCGCGGCCAGCCAGCGACGUCCCAAAGAAUCCCGGCCGGGGAGCCCCGCCCCCGCACGGGCCCUCGCGACAUUUCGUGUGGUCUUCGGUGUUUAUUUUUCUACUUCACGGGUUCUGUUUUUGGCGGGAGGGUUUGUAGGCCCCCAGCUUUAGGUUGUAUUUAAUAAAAUGCCAGAGGCAC